AUGGUAUACGGCCACUGCAAGAAUGCCAUCAACAGAGGUGAUGUCUGGCCAAGUGAAAAUAACAAGGCAAAGGAUGAUCCAGGUAAACAGUUGUCCAAAAUACCUGUAUCUGGUGCCAGACAGCGUAGACGAAACAAGAUUUCCAGUGUCACAAAGCCAGUAGUUCGGUCUAAGGUCAAGACCUACCGACCAGGUUAUACCUGGGAUAGGGGUGGGAGAUUAAAGGAAAUCAGAAUAAGGUGUCAAGCAAGGAAAUUUUCAUCAAUUUGGAAAAGAAACACAUUUGGCAGAGUCAUGCCAUCAGUUGCGAGGGCACACUACCGUAGAAAGCUGAUGUUGGAAGCCUUCAGGGAUUGGUACGAUAUGUGGUGGGUUGUGCGCAAGGAAUGGCGACUACUCGUCCGGGCAGAGUGUCACUACAGAUACACAAUAUACUCUAGAACUGUCCAUGCUUGGAAACACUUUGUCAUCCUACAGAAGAUGAAAUCUGGUCGAUUCUCGACUGCCCACACACAUUAUACGGGAAAACUAAGCCAUAAAGUCCUGCUGGCUUGGAUACGGUUCACCGCACAGAGAAGGGAGGAGAGAAAAAGAAACGCUAUCGCUGUCAACUUUCACAAUGCUCAUUGUUUAGGUCAGGCCUGGCUUGAGUGGAAGAAUCAGCACACACUUGUACAAGAAAGAGCAGAAAUGGAAGCGACAGCGCUGCAAUUCUGGGCUUACCGCCUCCAAACACAGUUCUGGCUUAUCUGGCGUAGAAAGUUAGACGUGCUGCAGGAGAGAGAGGCUAAAUUGAACCUGGCCGUGAGGUUUCACAAAUAUACCCUGAAGAAGAAGAUACUCAUGGCCUGGGUGAAAUACUGGUUGGGAAGGAAACAGAUACAGCAAGAAAAGGGAUAUGCGAGGUUGCUGUACCACCGACACCUGAAACGCCGGUUGUUUAACAUGUGGGUGAGACGCUACAACAUGAGCCAGUCCAUCAAAGCACACCAGGAAUACAUGGUUGUCCUUGGUCAACAAUUUCAGAUGCGCAAGGCAUUUGUACGCUGGAAAUUGUAUGUCGAUGGCAUUCAUAGGGAAAGAAGGGCCCACCAGAUGGCAGCACAGCAUUGUGUUCGGAGACUCAUGGUGUUUGGCCUGUCCUGUCUAAAGCUACAUGUGAUCCAACAGAGACUGAAACAGACCAGACAUGAAGUGGCUCUCCAACACAGGGACAAAAUGCUUCUCAAGACCCAUUGGGAAGUCUGGAUGAUGCGAUGUGAAAAUAAUGAAGAACUAGAGCUCAUUCCUCUGACCAGGAGAGCUAACCAUCACUACAGACAGGUAAUGCUGUCCAAAGUGUGGCAGGGUCUAGAGAUGUAUGUCCACUGGAGGCGGCAUAGAAAGGCUCAGUACGCCAAAGCAGACGCACAAUUCUACUGUCAGGUCAUGCCUAAAUACUUACAGAGGAUGGUGCUGUUUGUAGAUGUCAUGAAACUCCAGAGGGAAAACCAGCAAAACUGUGAGGAAUUCCGAAGAGAAAAUCUUCAGGCACGAUUUUUUUAUCUCUGGCAUAAGUCAUAUUUGCAGAGUUCUGAUGACAGAAUGAACUUGAGAAUGGCCAUCUUGCAUUAUGACGAGUGUGUCAAGAAACGAUUCCUGGCAUGUUGGAGAAGGAAAAGAGUUGAAGCCCAUCAAGAGAACGAAAAACAAGACUUUGCCCAUGACCAUUAUAGUGCUAGCUUGGUGGAGAAAUGCUUCAGAAGAUUGAGAACUCAUGUCAAUGACUGCAAGCUCAGUAAGAACAACGAAGUACGUGCUGCCAAACACCAUUAUGUCAAACUCUUGUCUAAAGUUUUUUCAGCAAUGAAAAAGUAUGCAGUAUACCAAUGUGACAAACACAGGAAAAUGUGCCAAGCUAGAGAGUUCAGACAAAGACUUGUCUGUCAGGUAGUCAUGGCAACAUGGAAAGGCAUGGUUGAUCAGGGGAGACAAUUCAAGUAUAAGGCUGACCAAAAGUACCAGGAGAAAUCUACCUCACUCCUCAGGAAAGCACUGAAGACAUGGCAUGAUAAUGUUGAGACUCAGAUUCUGGAUCGGAUAAUUGACCAGACUGCUAAGCUACACUGUAACAGACGUCUACUGAGCAAGGUACUGACUACCUGGCAUAGAUACGCUGCUAUCCACGCCUACAAGAAGUCCGAGACAAGACAUUGGGUGGAAGCGACGAAGCAGGUGCUAAAUCAAAACAAACUAAGAAGAUGCUUUGGUCAGUGGCGACUAGCCAAGGAAAGGUCAUUACUGUUCCAGUUACGACAAGCCCAGGCAGAGCAACAUCACAACCGUUACAUCCUACAGCAAGUGUUCCAGGUCUGGGGAGUAUUUACAGAACAGUCCCGCUCAAAAAAGUUGCUGAUGAAGCAGUGUACUUGGUUUAACAACAAGCGCCUGACCAUUGGUUUCUUCGCUACUUGGAAGUCGCAGUAUUAUCUGGCUGAGGAGGAGCACAGCAAGUCGGGACUAGCACUGUGGCACUGGAGUCUGGUUGUACAGAGAAAGGUUUUGAUAACAUGGUACACGGAAACUCAGAACAGGAAGCGGAAGAAACAGCGCCUCCUGGAGGCACUGGAGAGAAGGAGGAAGCGCCUGCUAAGACAAGGAGUGGUUCAGUGGCUGACCAUGGCUUCAGAUCUAACCGAGAUGAGGGCCAAGUUCGCAGCACAACAGCAUGCCAAGAGUGCUUUUGUGAAACACCAACUUAUCCAGAGGUGUGCUUUUCACUGGCGGCACUGGACAGCCAGGAGGAAACUUCAGAGGGGAGAUAACUCUAAAGUCCCUGUCAGACAGCUGAUUGCUCCUCCAUCCGCACACAGAGAUAUUUUUUAUCUCAAGGUCUCAGAUCUGCCAGGCAGGAAACACACAAUGACUGCAGAAGCAGGAAUACCAUUGCCAGCUCUCUCAGCAUCCCCUACUAAAGGUGGAGGGAAUCGUCCUACGUCUGGGCUGGAAAUGCCUGUUCCAGACCUUAGGUUACAAGCCCGGAGAAAGCCUCGCCAUCCAGCAUUUUUGGCGGACUCUUUGAAGAGAGCUGGACUAUUUGUUCAGAAUGUUGAUGAGCAGGAAACAAGAAGUGACAAUUUCCCCCAAAAACCUACGUCUCCCUCUCAGACUGAAGGUAGUCAGAAACCGCAUGAGGAGACAACACAACCUGACGAAGUCUCUGGUGAACACAUGCCUGUUUCAUAUAUGCCAAAAUCUGAAGUGUCAAUACCCCAUAGGACUGUUGUUCAUUCCGACAAAGAUACUGAAAAGUAUUCGAUACGUAGGAAUAUUGACGAGUUACCUCCAUUGUCCCAAGAGACAAAAUUGGUGUCUUGGUUGCCAAACCCUGAAGAGACCCAGAUUUCCAAGCUUUCUCUUGAAAAAGAUCAAAGAAAAUCGGACCAAGUUAGAAAAGAAGUGCCAAAAUUGGACUCUUUAGAGAAAGGUGAUGAAUACAGAACAAUAGAAUGUUAUGUUUUGAAGCCAGAAUUUCAACUACUUACCCCCGCCGAUUUCAUGGCCCCUGGGAGAUGUGAUGGGGAUAGUGACAUUUCACCCCAAUCAACACCACGUUCUGUGGAUUCAGAUAGGAGUAAUUUUGAAAUGCCAUGUUCUGAAGAGUCUGCAGAUAAACAGAUUGUCUGGAUCAGGAACCAUCUCAAGGAGUUUGAGCAAAGGAAGAAGAAACUCAGAAAAUUGCAGAAACAGCAUCAGCAGUUGAGAGAUUGGAUCAGACUUGAAGAGGUCAAAGGUCAACCAGAUGUUGAGGUCAACCAGGUCAGGAUGGAAGUUGAACAGAUGGAAGCUGAACUCAAAUUGCUGCGGACAUCAGUAGAAUCAGAUAAACCUCAUUGUGCUGAGCUUGUCAAAACUGUCAGCCGUCUUGUACAGGAAUUCCAUAAUAUAGGCUGAACACGCCUUCAAAUAAUUGUUGUUUAAAGAUUUAUAAAAGGCACUUGAAGACCAACUUUAAAAGUCAGUUAAGAAUCUGCCAAUUUCUUGAAUACCAUUUUAAAAGAAGUAUAAUUUUACCACCUGUCUGUCCAAAUACUAUCUGGGGAUACUGUAUAAACACUGGCUAUAUAUAGGGGGAAUACCUACAGCCAACUCUAUGAUAAAGAUCAUCAGCCUGGACAAAGUGGUACUAGUGAUUUGUAAAACACACACAUAGGAUUUUUCACUGAUAGCUUAACAUAGCAAUAUUUGGAAUAUAUGUGGAAUGUUUCCCUCAGAAUAUAUGUGGAAUGUUUUCCUCAGAAUAUAAGUGGAAUGUUUUCCUCAGAAUAUAAUUGGAAUGUUUCCCUCAGAAUAUAUGUGGAAUGUUUCCUCACAAUAUAAUUGGAAUGUUUCCCUCAGAAUAAAUGUUGAAUGUUUUCCUCAGAAUAUAAGUGGAAUGUUUUCCUCGGAAUAUAUGUGGAAUGUUUUCGUCAGAAUAUUCAUUAAUAAUUUUACAUCUCUUUUUGAAAAAUGUCUAUGCAUGAAAUUCAAAUUUCAAAAAAAAAAGUCUCCCCCUGAUUCCUUUAUUAAACAUACAUGUCCAAAGUGAUACUUCUCAGAAUGAUAAAUGAAAGAGCCUUUUACAAGUAUUUCAAGUAUGUUAUUGUUAGUGAUAAUAUUGUAGAAAUAUCUGAACUAAACCAGCUAGUUUACUGUAGUCUAGAUAUAAAGGCCAUGUUGUAAAACAUAUCCUAUGAUGUAUUAUAUGAUGUUUAUGUACAGCAUUAAUUUAAAUUAUUACUUUUUUAUGGCAUUAUGAAAAAUAAAUA